AUGGCUACUGAAGGUAAAGGAGACGCUGCAACAACAGGAGCAGGAACUUCAACAACCAUUCCUUUACAUCGACAAGAAUUGUUAAAAUGGCAAGGAUGGGGUUAUCGUGAUUCACGAUUUUUCAUCAAUUCAAAUGGUUUAAUUGAAUUUUCUGGUUCGCGAUACUUAUUAAGUGGUCACGUUCUUCCGCGCUUGAAAGAUUGGAUGUUCAGUAAACUACAUGCAAGUAUCGACAACUAUUCGCCGAGUGUUCAAGAACCAAAUCCUGAUUACAUUCCCGAACCCAUCCUUAACAGUUCAUUCAUUAAUGAUUUUCAAUCAUCACUUGGUUCAACGGUUCAAUACUCAUCCGAUAUGAAUGAUCGUCUCUUCCAUGGACACGGUCAUACAUUGGAAGAAAUCUGGAAGCUACGACAUGGUGGAAAGUUCGAUCGAUUACCAGAUUGGGUUGUUUGGCCGCGUAACCAUAGUGACGUUGAAAAAAUCGUUCGCCUAGCCACUAAACAUAAUGUUUGUUUGAUUCCAUUUGGUGGAGGAACAUCAGUUACAUGGGCAUUACUCUGUCCAGCUAAUGAAAAACGCAUGAUUGUCAGUGUUGAUACAUCACAAAUGAAUAAAAUCCUUUAUUUGGAUGAGAAAAAUUUAACUGCACGAAUUCAAUCAGGUAUUAUCGGACAAGAUUUGGAACGUGAAUUAGCCAAAAAGGGCUACUGUACGGGACACGAACCUGACAGUAUGGAAUUCAGUUCAUUAGGUGGUUGGGUAGCUACACGUGCAUCAGGUAUGAAAAAGAAUGUCUACGGAAAUAUUGAAGAUUUGGUCGUUCAUGUUACAAUGGUUACGCCGAAGGGAACCAUAGAGAAAAGUUGUCUCGGUCCCCGACAAUCGAUUGGACCAGAUAUUAACCAUGUCAUUAUGGGUUCUGAAGGAACAUUAGGUAUUGUCACGGAAGUAACCAUGAAAAUUCGACCACUGCCAGCCUGUAAGAAAUAUGGUUCAAUCGUAUUUCCAGAUUUCGAAUCGGGUGUUGCAUGCUUACGCGAAAUAGCACGCUUACGAAGCGCACCGGCGUCGAUACGUUUACUUGAUAAUGAACAAUUUCUUUUCGGACAAGCUUUAGCCACUGAUAACAAAGGAAUGUUGCAUUCAUUAGUUGACAAUAUGAAAAAAUUAUAUAUUACUAAGAUAAAAGGCUUCGACGUGAAUCGAAUGUGUGCAGCAACACUAUUAUUCGAAGGAACAACAAACGAAGUUAAUCAAAGAGAAAAGUUUGUUUAUGACAUCGCACAAAAAUACAAUGGAAUGCCUGCAGGAGAAGAAAAUGGUCUCAAGGGAUAUACAUUAACCUUCAUGAUAGCCUACUUACGAGAUGUUGGACUUGAUUAUCGAAUUGUUGCUGAAUCAUUUGAAACAUCCGUUCCCUGGGAUCGUGUCAUAGAUUUAUGUCGCAAUGUUAAAAAACGUAUCAUCACCGAAUGUGAGAAGAAUGGUGUAAAAUAUCCUCCAUUUUCUUCAUGCCGUGUAACACAAACCUAUGAUGCAGGUGCUUGUGUUUACUUCUAUUUCGUUAUGAAUUACAACGACAUGCGUGCUGGCAACGAUCCUGUUCACGUCUACGAACUCGUUGAACAAGCAGCACGUGAAGAAGUCUUGGCGAAUGGUGGAAGUCUCUCGCAUCACCAUGGUGUCGGUAAAAUUCGAACAAAAUGGAUUAAACAAGCCGUGAGUGACUUGGGUGUUGGCACGAUGAAAUCAAUUAAAGAAUAUCUUGAUCCAACGAAUAUAUUUGGUUCGCAAAAUCUUAUACCUGAUUCAGAAGAACCCAAAGAACAACAUCUUAAAGCUAAACUUUAA